AAUGCUGAACAUAACCAAAAAUUGAAUAUAAACAAGUGGGAAAAUCGGAGCAAUAGCGACACUACCGGGAAUAAAUUGAAGUAUUCAGCGUCAUGAUGAACAUACACACGUGAACUCAGUCCUCUAAUGUUGUUUGCUUGAUUUAUCAAUUAAUAAUAAAUUCUAAAUAAAAUUGAUUCUAUUUCUGCAUAUUUAUGUUUAAGAAUAAUAAUUAACUUACUACUGGCUAAAUAAUUAUUUAAUGCUGCUACUUGUAUAGAAUGAUAUUCACCAACCUAUUUGUGAUGAAAUUUAAAAGUUAAAUGUAAUAUCUUGAUUUAUAAUAAAAAUUUAGUAAAUAAGUGUAUAACUAAAAAUAACUAAAUAAAAUUUAAUAAGUGAGUAAAUAUAUAUGAAAGUGAAGAAGAGUAUAAUAAAAUGAUAUAAUAUUGAAAUAUUUAAUUAGAAUAACAAAAUAAAAAAUUUACUCUAUUCGGGAUCAUGUCAAAACGUUUCGGUAAACAUUUUCAAAAUGAUCGAUCAAUUAUAUCCAAAAAACCUCGUUUGGACAUCACAAAAGGCAGUGAGCCAAAUAGAAGGAUGUCCAAAUCUAGAACUAGUACUGAAGCUAGUGAUGAAUGGGGUGAUGAUUUUGAAGAAGCAGAGCUUGAAGAAUUGGAUAUGAUUGCCUCACAAGCAUGCUCUCAAGAAGUUAAUACAUCACUUCAAUGUCUUGAUCCACAACCAGGACCAUCUAACAUAAAUAAACUAGAUUUUUCAUUAACAAGAGCUUCAUCAUCGUUUACUUCAUUUGACAAUCGAAAAUCUAACAAUGAUUAUUUAUCCAGAUUAAAUGAUCUUCCCUCAAAAAUGUCUCAAGCUUCACAAAUAUUAGCUUCUUCAAAUAAUUUACGACCCAUUGCAGAAGAAGAACCAGUGAUAGAUGUGUUUAAGAAAAAUUUAAUGAUCGAAAAAAAAUUAAAUUCGACAUUUCAAACGAAAAAUAAUGUUGUAGCUGAAUCUGAUGAUAUAACAUCAAAAACAAGUGAAAAGUUGGAAGUAGAGCACAGGAAGCUUCUUAAUCUUUUUACUGUGAAAGAGGGAGAAACAAUAUUUCUUAGACAACGACUUCAAGAAAUACAAGAGAAAGCUGUUAAGGAUAGUAUGAAACAUGCGAAAGCAAUGGAACAACAAGCUGGAGAAUUUCGAGAAAAAAUAAAUGCUCUGCAUAAAGAAACGGAAAGUUUAAAGACACAAUAUGAAUUGCAAGCAUUUCAGCUUAAUAAAUACGCUGAACGGUGUAAAAUGUUUGAAUCAGGUUUAAUAAAAUUAAAUUCUCCAACAAAAAAUACCUCAAAUAUAUCUAGAAGUCGAUCUAUCACAUUUAAAGAGUCUAAUGUUCGUAUUCAAACAGAAUUAAUUGAUCCUCAGGUUUAUUAUUUAAAGACUGAUUAUUUAAAUUAUCCUUUUAAAAAAAUUUCAUAUUCAAUAUUCGAGCUGUCUUUACCCGAAAAAUCAAUCGUAGAUAUUCAAGCAGUAAAUAGAAGUGGAAAGAGAAAUUUGCCUAUUCUUCAAGAUGAAAGAUCUUUCCGAAUAUUUGAGAAUCCUAAUAUUGUUAAACCAAAAGUAACAAUAAUUGAUAAUAAAAAUUUGUGUAUUGAGUUUUUUCAGCCGGAUAUUGGAAGACUGAUAAAUGAAUCAAAAAGUGAAAUUAAUGCAAAAAAAAAUAUUUUUAUUAUUAAUAAGAUCGUUGCAGUGACAAGAGAACUUUUAUUGAACCUUUUAGCAGUUCUCCAAGCAAUUAAACUUGCAAUGAAUAAUGAUGAUGUUCGAGAUAUGAAUGAUGUUUAUUUUUCGAAUUUUUAUGACAUACAAAUAGAAUAUAAUCAAUCGCCAUUCAGUGCUAAAGAAUGGCAUGAUAAAGAACGUGGAAUUGAAGCAAGAAGAGCUCUAGCAGUAUUGUGCUAUAUUGUCAAACAUUCAGAUUACCUCGGUGAAUAUAUUGCUGGUAAAUCAGAACUCAAUGUUCAAGGUGAUAUUGAGUAUGAGAGAAUUGUCAAACAGAUGAUACGAUAUAAUGAAUGGCCCGAAAAAGGACAUCAUUUCGAAAUGUUAGAAUUAAUUCAAAAAUUUGUCACUACUUUUGGCUUUGUGAGAAGGGCUCAUCAAUUUACUGGAUUAAUUUGUUGUAUUUGUAAAAUGUUAAGUAACGUUCAAAAAACUGUUAAAUUUGAUCAUCGAGGAUUAAUAUACAUUUCAAAUAUUAUUAAAGAAUUAGUUUACUCUCGACCAUUACUUCAAUGCAUGAUAUCAAUGACAGAAAUGAUAACAGAGUUUUGUGAAUGUGAAAAUUUUGUUAAUCGAUUAGUUAAUAACGUUAAUAAACAAGCAUUACAUGUUUGGAAGAAGACAUUAAAUUUCACUGAUGAUGCUUGUGUGUUGAAAAUUUUUCUAAAUCAAUUAAAAAGCUUUAAAUUUGACGAAAUAUCAACUAUUAAAACAACAUAUGCAUUGAUGAAGUUUGCUGAUACAAGCUUUCGAUCUAAUAUUCUUCCUUGGCCAAGUGAAACAAACAAUGAUAAUGAAUGUUGUAUAGAGUUGUUAACUCUAGUAGUCAAAAUGUUAUACGAGAGUGUAGCAAUAAAUCAUAAAAGGAUAGAAAAAAAAAUGACUAGGAAAAAAAAAGAUGUUACAAAUGAUUGUGAUAAUAGUAGUAAUAAUUAUCUAGGAAAAUCAUUUUUAUAUGAAUUAAAAGGAAAACAAUUGAGUUGUAUCAAAAUGGGUAUCAGAUUCUUAAAUUAUUUGACAAAACAAGAUCCUGAAUUUGUAGUAAGAUCAAUUGACAUCGAUACUCCAUUUUUUUUAUUCAUCGAAAAUGUCACUUCACUCAAUGAUUUAAAAUGGCAUGAAAUUGACAAGGAAGCAUUGAUGUCUAUCAAAUCCACUUUUAUAUACGAUAGACCGCCAACUCCUGAUUACCCUUCUGAAGAAGCUAAUUCGGUAUUUAACAUCAAGAAAGCAUUCGCUCAAAAAUCUAUUCCUACACCUUUAAAAAAAAAGAAGUUUGAGUUUCGUAAAAAUCAUAAUGAACAUAGAGAAAUGGCAGAAAUGUUUUCGUCAUUACUUUCAAUAAAAGAAAAAAACAACUGAAGUAAAUCAUGAAAAUAUUAUAUCUAUAUUAAAAAUAAUUCAUCAGUAUUUAGCCAUUUGUACAAUCAACAUAAUUUUAAUAAUAUAAGCUUGUUAUAAGAAAAUUAUAAUAAUGAUGAUGUCAUUAACAGGUACAAAAAAAUAUUAAUUAUUUUUUUAAUGAUCUGUAAAUAUCUAAUUGUAUAAAUUUUAAGCAC